CACGGUGCCCGCCAAGCAGGUGCGACAGGACCCAGCCCGUUGUGGUUACGGGCGGUCUUAGGUCUUUCAACAGGAAGCGUCAUUUGCACCGCACCGGUGACAGAAAAAAAUGCAGGGGAGUGGGAGGUGAGUUCAGAAGAAUCGGAUCGCUUUUCUCGGCUGUCCGAGAACUGCUCUUUACCCAUUUUACACCUCUGCUCCUAUAGCUCUUUGUGCACAUGUUCUUGGGCCACUGGUCUCACAGCGGGAUGACCACGGAAAUCAGGUGCCACAGCACACCUUGGCAGUGCAUUUGCACCCAGAUUCGGUGCAGGUCACAGGCACUGAAGAUGAGGUUUUGUUGAAGUUCCUUUUCGACGCCACGGCAGAGUGUUCCAUCAGCUUCUACUGGGGUGUUUCCACUGACGCCUGCAACAAGCUGAUGAAGGACGCCUGUUGCGCGAGGGACAUGGAGCGUGAGCCAGCGCAAGGAGGAUCUUUGGAAAUGGGCUAUCAGCCGCCAUUCCUGGACCAGGACGGUCGGUACCUCUUUGGCGCCUCGGAGUGCUUGGAGCGUUCACAGCUCUACGAGCGCCCCAGUGGGCAGAACCAAAGCUUCGAGGAGAAGACGCGAGAAAUGUCUCAGGCGAUGUCUCUGGCGAAGCAGGCAAAGCUGGAAGAGCCAGGUCGAGUGCCUCUGGCGAUCGUUUUGGCGCCGCGGCACUCGGAGAAGCAGGUGACCUUCAUCCGCGUGAGCCUUCAACAGGAGGAGCUGCGCACGGAAGUGCUACAGCAGAUCCUUGUGGGGAACAAUGUGGCUCGGAUCUUGGGCGUUUUUGGCUUUGAAGACGAGGAGCCCAGCACUGCUGACUGCAUGGUCUGCUAUGAGCGGCUCCGUUCGGUGAUCAUUUUGCCAUGCCGCCACUGUUCCGUGUGCUCCACAUGCUUAAGAUCUCUGAGGGACGAGAGAUGCCCCAUGUGCAGAUCCUCCUUCUCGGCCUAUUUGCUUCUGCCAUUGCUUCACGAAACCGCCUGAGCGUGAAAUUGCGCCCUGUAAAAAA